AUGUUGACUGUGGCAUAUGGUGAAGCUACCUUGGACCGAAGCAACGUUUAUCGGUGGUACAAAAUGUUCUCAGAGGGCCGAGAAGAUGUGAACGACGAAGAGCGUACCGGACGCCCGAGCACGUCAACAACAGACGAAAACAUUGAUGAAGUGAAGAAAAUAGUAUUGGCCAAUCGUCGAAUCACCGUUAGAGAAAUUGCUGAGGACCUAAACAUAUCGAUUGGCUCAUGCCAUUCGAUUUUUACCAAUGAUUUGGGCAUGAAACGGGUCGCCGCGAAAUUCGUACCAAAAUUGCUCAAUUUCGACCAAAAACAGCAUCGCAUUAACAUUGCUAAGGAGCUGUUGGACUCUGUCCGCGACGACCCAAAUGUGCUCCAGAGGGUCAUAACUGGUGACGAAUCAUGGGUUUAUGUGGCGGCAGAGGCUGAGGAGGACGCAGAGGCGGCAGAGAUUGCCGCUUGGGCUGAAGAGACUGCGUGGAUGAGAGAAGCGGAUCAGGAAGAGGAUGAUUAG